GAGGAUAACCAAUCCAUAAAUUGAGAAGGGAUUGAGUGUAUAAAUCUAACUACUAUUUAUGUAGCUUCUACGGACCAAUGGCCAAACGCAUAAGUUCCCAUUAAUUCUCUAUCCCAUCCUCUUGGUGGUUCCUCACUUCCUCUCAUAUCAAAUACUACUUCAUAGUAAUUCUAUAUAUAUUGUUGUUGCCACCCUCUCCUUUGGUACAACAACAUUUUUUUUUUAAAAAAUUCUUAUAAGGUGAAGCCAUCAAUAUGGUUUUCUCACAUGAAGAGAAAGAGAGUUUAGUGUAUGAUGUAAGACUAUCUUCAGUUGGACCGGGUCGGGUCACCGGAUCAGAUGUUUUCCACAACCCCGGCGGUUUGGACUUGGCCAUGAAACUUCACUACCUUAAAGUGGUUUAUUUAUAUGACUCUAAGGCCGCACAAGGCCUAACCAUUGCAAAAAUAAAAGAGUCCAUGUUCAGUGUAUUCAACCAUUACUUUAUUACUUGUGGCCGAUUUCGACGAUCGGAUUCAGGCCGACCGUUCAUCAAAUGUAAUGAUUGUGGAGCUAGGACAAUUGAGGCCAAAUGCACCAAAACUCUAGAUGAAUGGCUUUCUAUGAGGGAUUGGCCUUCCUAUAAAUUGCUCGUCUCUCAACAAGUCAUUGGACCAGAAUUAUCGUUUUCUCCUCCCGUUUUAUUGCAGGUAACUCAAUUCAAGUGUGGUGGGAUUUCAUUGGGUCUUAGUUGGGCCCAUGUACUUGGGGACCCACUUUCAGCUUCAGAUUUCAUCAACCUAUGGGGCCAAACCUUGAACAAUUUGAGCCUAAAAAGUCCUUUCAACAUUCCAAGAUCCGCCCCAACACCCCUUAAAUCAGGGCUCGAAAAGAAUCCGGCUACGGUUAAACAGGUCGACCCGGUUGGCGAUCACUGGAUCCUAGCCAACAACAAAAAAAUGGACACAUUCUCCUUCCACAUAACUAGCUCUCAAAUGAAUAAAUUGCAAGCCCAAAUUUGGAGUCCGAAUGAUGAACAAACCCCUCAUUUUGAAUCCCUAUGCGCAAUAAUUUGGCGUUGCAUUGCCCGAGUUCGAGAAGGAUCCGAACCCACAACAGUGACUAUUUGCCGACCCGACCCUAAUGGUAGGGGCAAUGAUAUAAUUGGAAAUGACCAAUUGAUAUGCAAGGUUGAAGCUGGAAACGAAUGUUCUAUUGUUGACACUAAUUUGAAAAUUUUGGCUAGCAUGCUUGUGGAUCAAGGUAUUGAUGAGAGGAAUCAAAUUGAGGAAGUUGUAGAAAAAGAUCAUGGGGUGACUGAUUUUUUUGUCUAUGGUGCUAAUUUGACAUUUCUUGACUUAGAAGAUGUCAAUGUGUAUGACUUAAAAUUGAAGGGACAAAAACCCAGAUUUGUUUAUUACACACUUCAAGGGGUUGGAGAUGAAGGUGUUGUUUUGGUGCUUCCUUGGUCAAAAGAUCCUAGCAUAAAUAAUAUUGAUGGAAAGUUUGUUACCAUUAUAUUGCCAGAAGAUGAAAUGGUGAAACUUAAAUCUGAGCUUAAGAUGAAUGGUGUUAUGUUUGAAGGUGUUUAUUAAUAUGAAAAAUUAUAAGCAAGUGUAAGAAUAAAUAAGUUUGGUAUUGCAGUCCAAAAAAAAAAAAGUUUGGUAUUAUUUGUGUGUAAUUUAUGUUUGACUGUGGUGUGAAAAUAUAUAUAGUUUGCAGUAUAUUAUGUUGGUUUAUUUGGGGCUCUCAAAUAAAUGUUGUAUAUUGGCAUGCAAGGCCUAAUUGUUUGUCGUAUAAAUUAUAUUUUUAAGGGAAAAUAUUAUCAUAUUUCUUUUUUCAA